AUGUUGUGGAGUGUCCUUGCACCACUGCUUGCCGUCGGCCUGGCGACUGCAGACAACAUCACAGCCACAGUCAACCUUGGGGUAUCUAAAGGGAAGCCAGUGCAUUGGGCCUCUGGUUUCAUCUAUGGCAUCCCCGAUACGCUCGAUCAGAUUCCCGACCAUUGGUAUACCGAUAUGGGAUUCCGGUAUGGCCGUGCUGGAGGUGCGCAACUUCAGGCACCCGCGCGAGGCUGGAUAUGGGGAGAGUACCAAGGCCGCCUUGAGUCGACGCUGUCAAACUAUCGAACCUGCCGCAAGUACGGCGCGGACUUUAUUCUUCUGCCGCACGAUGUGUGGGGAACUGACCAUGCCAAUUCUUCGACGGUGUGGCCCGGUGACGGCGGUGACUGGUCAGACUAUGAACGAUUCUUGAAAACCUUGAUGGCAGAUCUCCAGUCACACAAUGCAUUGGAGGGUCUCGUCUGGGAUAUUUGGAAUGAACCGGACAUUGAUAUUUUCUGGGAGCGCGAUCAACAGCAGUGGAUUGACUUGUACAUUCGCACUCACAAAAUUUUGCGAGAGGACUCGAGUUUCGAUAGCGUUCAGAUCUCCGGUCCAUCAUUGGCCUUCCGCCCCGUGUCGGGAAACACUUGGUGGACGAACUGGUUAGCUCAGAUCGCGGGCAACAACACGAUUCCAGACCAGUAUUCCUACCACCUGGAGGGAGAGACGGAUGACUGGGACAAUGAUCUCCAGAAUACCAACAGUACACUCACGUCACUUCUACAAAGCUACCGUCUCCCGGACCGCCAAAUCAAUAUCAAUGAGUACGCCAACUCCGCCGAGCAGAAUCCUGCUGGAGCCGCCUGGUGGAUCUAA